AUGUGGGGUAAAGAAUGUUCGAAUUUGUUUUUACGAAAUUUGCGAGGAAACAGAUAUUUGUAUAAUGCCGCUAAUUCAACGAUAAAGCCGAAUUACAAUAAUUACAAUAAUUACAAUGACGAACAAAUUAUAAGACUUAAAGAAGCUUUUUAUUAUGAUUUCAAAACAAAUACGCCUUUAGGGAUAAAAGAAUUAGAUCGACAAGUUUUUGGUACAGCUAUAAGAACUGAUAUAAUGCAAAGGGUUGUAGUUUGGCAACGUGAUGCUUUACGACAAGGAACUCAUAAAACUAAAAAUCGAGCCGAAGUAAGUGGGACUGGUAGGAAAUAUGCACCUCAAAAGGGUAGAGGUCGAGCAAGAGUUGGUAGUCACCGUGCACCUCAUUGGAGGGGAGGUGGUGUCGCUCAUGGUCCUAGACCUCGAUCACAUGCCACAGAAAUUCCACGUCAAGUCCAACUUUUAGGACUUCGAUCCGCGCUCUCUACGAAAUAUUCACAAAAUCAACUGCUACUUGUUGAAAAUUUUAAUUUAGAAACACCCAAAACAAAACAUUUGUUGGAAAUUUUAGACAGAAAUUCAUGGGAUCCUUUGGCUAAAGAAAGAGUUCAAGGUCAUUCAAUAUUAUUUUUGGGUAAAGAGCAUAUGAAAAAUUUAGAUUUUGCUUGUAGAAAUUUACAGAGAGUUCACGCUCUAACUUCAGAAGAAAUUUAUGAGGGUGGAGAUGUUUAUAAUAUCAUGGGACAUGAAAUAUUAAUGAUGGAUUUGGAAGCCAUUGAAUUUGUUUAA